CGCGCGUCUAUAACCCGCGCUUUUGCCGCGCCAAUUUCAAAUAAAAAAAAACUUUUUUCUUUUUUUUAAGAAGCAUGUAGGUUUGACAAUUGUGCAAUGAUGGAUAAAACGAUGGAGUGCACAUUUGUAAACUGUGACAGUGACAGUGUUAUCAGUAGACGAAAGAAAUUUAUUUGGGAGAGCGUAUAUGCGGGUAUUUUAAUAUGUUUAGUGCCAUCAGUAGUUUGUAGUUCAGAUUGGUCCCGCCUCUCCUACGAGACCAUCUACAACAGCACAAACUACGUCCAAAUACACCAUCAGCCGCGGCCAUUCUCCCUACCAAAUAAUUACAAUACAAUACAAUACAACCUAACCAACACCGCCCCCCGGCCCUUUAGUUCUAGCGAUAGGGAUUCUUAUUUAGAUACCAAAGAUAAUGAGUUAGAGUAUGAGGAGUUAGGGAAUAAUAAGCAUCAGAUACUGGUGGGGUUCGCAAGGGACCCGUUUAGGACCUCUGUGCCUAAAGAGGACUAUUUGAAGGGAGUCAGGCAUGUCGAGCCCCGGCCCUUCAAUAAAGGCGAAAAUCGUGGGAAGCGAGGAGUUGUGCAUCUGGCAAACAUGAUGCACUGCGCGACAGGCUGUGAUCCACUCUCGUAUAAGGGAUAUGGGUGCUACUGUGGGUUCCUUGGCGAGGGCAGGCCUACUGAUGGAAUUGACAACUGCUGCCGAAUGCACGACCGUUGCUAUGACAACAUCUACUGCCCAUUCUUCACCGUCUACUUCCAGCCCUACUACUGGCAGUGCUACCACGGAGAACCGCUCUGCGCUCUCGAGAACUACAAGACGCAACACCAGUUCAUUAACGGCUGCGCGGCGCGGUCGUGCGAGUGUGACCGGCAGUUCGCCAUGUGUAUCAGGCGGUACCCGUGUCCCAGAAGACGCGCUUUGUGCAAAUCCUCGCCGCUAAGGCUGCUGCAGAACUUACUCAUGUUCCGAUGAAUUCAUCGGGAUUUUAGACUAUAAACGAUCUCCCUUCUAUUAAACGCCAUGCGUCGUGCGUACAUGCGCCAGUGCACUUAAAAGCGUUUACACACCAUCCGAUCCGACAUCGGAUGCAGAAAGGAUUGUCAAAGAUGUCCUACAUCCGAUAUCAUAUCGGAUAAUGUGAAAACGUACUAAUCCAUCCAUGAUUGAAAUAGUUCACAUUCACAUCAACCGUUGUGACUGUUUUCCUGACGAACGAUAAAUAAAAUAUGAAGGGUAAGCCAGUGGCCACAUGGAAAAUAAUUACACUCUGUCUAGACUAAGUUAGCACCAACUUGCACUCUUGGUUGUGACAAUAAAUAUUGCUGAAGGACGAGUUAGGCCGUUUUCACAUUAUCCGAUCCGAUAUCGGAUGUCGGAAGGUUUUCAAUAAAAAAACCAAGAUGGUGCCGAUAAUGUAUGGGAUGUCGGUCACACAUCCGAUAUCGGAUCGGAUAAUGUGAAAACGCACUUAGCGUAAACAUAAAUGUAUGCUAGUAGAUAGGUGCAUCAAAUAUCUGUGAUGUAAUAUUUCGGAAUUUACAGUAAAAACGUAUUAGUGAU